AUCGCGGGAGGGCGGGGCUUCCGAUGAUUACAUAAAGCGACUCCGGGCGGGUCGUGGCUAGUUCCGUCGAGACCUCGAGUUCCGUCGGUUUGUCUCUAGGAGGAUCGCUGCCGCCAGCGCUGACAAUGCAGAUCUUUGUGAAAACCUUAACUGGUAAGACCAUCACCCUGGAGGUCGAGCCCAGUGACACCAUCGAGAAUGUCAAGGCAAAGAUCCAGGACAAGGAGGGCAUCCCCCCUGACCAGCAGAGGCUGAUCUUUGCAGGCAAACAGCUGGAAGAUGGCCGCACCCUGUCCGACUACAACAUCCAGAAAGAGUCCACCCUGCACCUGGUCCUGCGCCUCAGGGGUGGGAUGCAGAUCUUUGUGAAGACCCUGACAGGCAAGACCAUCACCCUGGAGGUCGAGCCCAGUGACACCAUCGAGAAUGUCAAGGCAAAGAUCCAGGACAAGGAGGGCAUCCCCCCUGACCAGCAGAGGCUGAUCUUUGCAGGCAAACAGCUGGAAGAUGGCCGCACCCUGUCCGACUACAACAUCCAGAAAGAGUCCACCCUGCACCUGGUCCUGCGCCUCAGGGGUGGGAUGCAGAUCUUUGUGAAGACCCUGACAGGCAAGACCAUCACCCUGGAGGUCGAGCCCAGUGACACCAUCGAGAAUGUCAAGGCAAAGAUCCAGGACAAGGAGGGCAUCCCCCCUGACCAGCAGAGGCUGAUCUUUGCAGGCAAACAGCUGGAAGAUGGCCGCACCCUGUCCGACUACAACAUCCAGAAAGAGUCCACCCUGCACCUGGUCCUGCGCCUCAGGGGUGGGAUGCAGAUCUUUGUGAAGACCCUGACAGGCAAGACCAUCACCCUGGAGGUCGAGCCCAGUGACACCAUCGAGAAUGUCAAGGCAAAGAUCCAGGACAAGGAGGGCAUCCCCCCUGACCAGCAGAGGCUGAUCUUUGCAGGCAAACAGCUGGAAGAUGGCCGCACCCUGUCCGACUACAACAUCCAGAAAGAGUCCACCCUGCACCUGGUCCUGCGCCUCAGGGGUGGGAUGCAGAUCUUUGUGAAGACCCUGACUGGCAAGACCAUCACCCUGGAGGUCGAGCCCAGUGACACCAUCGAGAAUGUCAAGGCAAAGAUCCAGGACAAGGAGGGCAUCCCCCCUGACCAGCAGAGGCUGAUCUUUGCAGGCAAACAGCUGGAAGAUGGCCGCACCCUGUCCGACUACAACAUCCAGAAAGAGUCCACCCUGCACCUGGUCCUGCGCCUCAGGGGUGGGAUGCAGAUCUUUGUGAAGACCCUGACAGGCAAGACCAUCACCCUGGAGGUCGAGCCCAGUGACACCAUCGAGAAUGUCAAGGCAAAGAUCCAGGACAAGGAGGGCAUCCCCCCUGACCAGCAGAGGCUGAUCUUUGCAGGCAAACAGCUGGAAGAUGGCCGCACCCUGUCCGACUACAACAUCCAGAAAGAGUCCACCCUGCACCUGGUCCUGCGCCUCAGGGGUGGGAUGCAGAUCUUUGUGAAGACCCUGACAGGCAAGACCAUCACCCUGGAGGUCGAGCCCAGUGACACCAUCGAGAAUGUCAAGGCAAAGAUCCAGGACAAGGAGGGCAUCCCCCCUGACCAGCAGAGGCUGAUCUUUGCAGGCAAACAGCUGGAAGAUGGCCGCACCCUGUCCGACUACAACAUCCAGAAAGAGUCCACCCUGCACCUGGUCCUGCGCCUCAGGGGUGGGAUGCAGAUCUUUGUGAAGACCCUGACAGGCAAGACCAUCACCCUGGAGGUCGAGCCCAGUGACACCAUCGAGAAUGUCAAGGCAAAGAUCCAGGACAAGGAGGGCAUCCCCCCUGACCAGCAGAGGCUGAUCUUUGCAGGCAAACAGCUGGAAGAUGGCCGCACCCUGUCCGACUACAACAUCCAGAAAGAGUCCACCCUGCACCUGGUCCUGCGCCUCAGGGGUGGGAUGCAGAUCUUUGUGAAGACCCUGACAGGCAAGACCAUCACCCUGGAGGUCGAGCCCAGUGACACCAUCGAGAAUGUCAAGGCAAAGAUCCAGGACAAGGAGGGCAUCCCCCCUGACCAGCAGAGGCUGAUCUUUGCAGGCAAACAGCUGGAAGAUGGCCGCACCCUGUCCGACUACAACAUCCAGAAAGAGUCCACCCUGCACCUGGUCCUGCGCCUCAGGGGUGGGAUGCAGAUCUUUGUGAAGACCCUGACUGGCAAGACCAUCACCCUGGAGGUCGAGCCCAGUGACACCAUCGAGAAUGUCAAGGCAAAGAUCCAGGACAAGGAGGGCAUCCCCCCUGACCAGCAGAGGCUGAUCUUUGCAGGCAAACAGCUGGAAGAUGGCCGCACCCUGUCCGACUACAACAUCCAGAAAGAGUCCACCCUGCACCUGGUCCUGCGCCUCAGGGGUGGGAUGCAGAUCUUUGUGAAGACCCUGACAGGCAAGACCAUCACCCUGGAGGUCGAGCCCAGUGACACCAUCGAGAAUGUCAAGGCAAAGAUCCAGGACAAGGAGGGCAUCCCCCCUGACCAGCAGAGGCUGAUCUUUGCAGGCAAACAGCUGGAAGAUGGCCGCACCCUGUCCGACUACAACAUCCAGAAAGAGUCCACCCUGCACCUGGUCCUGCGCCUCAGGGGUGGGAUGCAGAUCUUUGUGAAGACCCUGACAGGCAAGACCAUCACCCUGGAGGUCGAGCCCAGUGACACCAUCGAGAAUGUCAAGGCAAAGAUCCAGGACAAGGAGGGCAUCCCCCCUGACCAGCAGAGGCUGAUCUUUGCAGGCAAACAGCUGGAAGAUGGCCGCACUCUGUCCGACUACAACAUCCAGAAAGAGUCCACCCUGCACCUGGUCCUGCGCCUCAGGGGUGGGAUGCAGAUCUUUGUGAAGACCCUGACAGGCAAGACCAUCACCCUGGAGGUCGAGCCCAGUAACACCACUAAGAAAGUCAAACAGGAAGAUGGACGCACCUUUCUCAGCACACUGUCUAGAAAGAGCACUCCUUGUGCUUGUUCUUGGGCUUGAGGGGAGGUGUCUUAGUAUCCCCCAUCUUUUAAGCUGUUAACCAGUUACAUUGCACUUUGAAUAAAGUUCUUGCAUUCCCAAAGG